CACGACUUCCAGUGCAUGGAUACACCCCACCAUAUUGUUAGGUACAGAUGCGACACGAUCUCUAAAGCCAGUCCAUAACCCUACGUCUAGUUCCUGAUAUAAUACAACUCCACGAUACACAGCAUCUUGAUACGCGAUCGCGCCUGCAACACCAAUGCCGCCUUUCAAUAAUAUGAGCGCACUGCCAUCGCUGCGCAAACAGCAGCUCCUCUCAGAAUUUGCUGGACUCAAGCAAGCAUGCCCUGAAGGUAUAUUUGUUAGUCUAACCCCAGGCGAUGCCACGCUCUGGUCUGGUGUUCUAUUCGUUCGCAAAGGCCCCUAUUGCCCUGCUAUACUCAGAUUUCAAAUAUCGUUUCCCGACUCGUAUCCUCAACUCCCACCUCUCGUCGUCUUCUCAACAGACAUGUUCCAUCCUCUCAUCACACCCUUGACAACAUACAUGUACACAACCGACAUCCAAGAAAGCGGCACAGUGAGCGCGUCGGAUCAAGAGCGAUUACCGCCAGGAGGUUUCAGCUUGCGCCAUGGAUUCCCGGACUGGUUCGGACGAGGACGACGGAGUAUGGUGGAAGCGAAACAAGCGCCAGUGACGAGUCCUGGUUCGACCAGUAGCUCGACAACAUCAGCAAACCCAUCAUCAGGAACACCUUCGUAUGUGCGCACUGGAAAAAAGAGUGUCUCGGCUUAUGAAGUUCUACACUACAUCCGCAGUGCCUUUGAUACAGAAGAAGUUCUCGACUCUGUACCCCUCGCGGCGGCAGGGAACCCAGGAGCUUGGCACGCAUGGAGAACGCACCGCAAAGCAACGGGGAAGUUGGCAGAAGAUACAACUGCGGAGGAAGAGCAAAAGGAACAAGAGCAGAGCGAGAACAGGCCAGAGAGCGUAAAAUCGGGGUCAUCUACGGCUACGCCAAGACGACCUGGAGAAUGGAAUUGGGAUGGAGUUUGGGAGGACAGAGUUAAGAAGAACGUUUCUGCAAGCUUGUCAGAGCCUGUCCUCUAUGGAGAAACCAAGAAUUCAGAUGACCUGAUCAAGUUUCUUGCGAUGGAGGACACCGAUAUCGAUUCGGUGAAGGACAAUCUGCGUCGAACACUUGGGCAAGCUACAUGAACUUCAGCUUACCUUAGAGUCCCUACCUAGGUAUAUUUUAGUCUCUGAUGUUUUCGACUGAUUUAGAUGCGGCCUUGCAGUUGUGCCUUAGGUAGCCACUGCUCAAAGGCAUUGCUCUCGACAUCAGGGCAGGAACUCUGCACCUAUUGCCUCACGUUUAGCAUAGCAUGAUCUUCCGGUUUAUUCUGUUCGCUCGAAGAGCAAGAGCAACUCUGAUACCCCUAAGAACCUUCCCAAACUACCUUAGGUUGCUUUAUGCUUCGUUCGUCUCCAGUAGUUGAAUCUCAACCAAGAAUGUUCAUCACAACAACAACAUCGUCUUCCUCC